UAACCACUGCUCCACCUCCAUCCGCAGACCUCGCGCUGGACGUGUUGCCGCGACGAGAACAACCAGUCUCUGUGGUGCUUCGCACUGUUCGGUCAGCUCUUGACAGUCACACGUUUCGCCUCUAUCUCUGUGGUUCCGCUUGAACGUCCGCAGUGGCGAACCAGCGGUUGUUGGUGAUUUAUGGAGAAUAUUGCUAUUUUAGUUUACCGUGUCCAAAUCGCGGGAGGAUAAGUCAGGAUUAGUGACAGUUCUCUUUCACAACAGGUUACAUAGAUCCUGCAGUGCGAGCGUCGAUACCUGUUCCAAUAGCAGACUGCCUCCCAGGGAAGAAAAGAAUGAGAGCGGGUCAGACAGCUGAAACAAGCUGCUCAUAUUGUUCCACUGAAAACUAGCAAGUGCCUAUUGAGAUGUGUUUCCAAAAUCCAGUAAAAUCAUGUUAGUAGUUUUUAACAAGAAACGGAAACAGGCCAGGCAUUGUGUUUUGCUAAACUUUGAGCAGUGUAAUGGAAAGGCUUCUAUUUCGAAAUGUUUCCAAUAGUCUUGACUGGUGGUUGAAAACGAUCCUGUGUAAGUGCAUGAACUAGGGAUAAACAGUGGACUGAUGAACCAGUCAACUUCCCCAUAAAGCAGUCGUUAGUUUGGGCUUCCGAACUUCAUCGGUGUGGUUCUGUUUGAUCCACCUUGUUAAAUACAUCUCAACAAUCGGCGCAGUGAAUUUGGCGGGGGAAAAACUGGCAUUUGGUAAGUGGAGGUCUCUGGUGGGACUGGUAUAUUGAGGGGCAGGUAACGACGACGCAGUAAGACUGUUUUGUGCCCGUCGAACUCGUCGCCAAAAUGCGUGGUAGGUUCGUGAGCCUGGAGAGCGUUCUGACGGCGCCGGUGCACCGUACCCCAUCCACGUGCUGCUCCUCCGUCAGCAGCGUUCUCAGCCAAGCAGAGCUCCUGGCCAGCGCUGUCUCCAGUCGGUGGCCCUCCGAUGUCUACCGAAUCAGCCGGGGCGGUUCGGCGCCGUCGCUGGACUCGCCGCUGCAGCACAUGCUGGGGGCGGGCGCGUGCGGGGGCGGAGGCGCGUGCCCCAGCGCGGCCCCCGGCGUGCUGGCCAAGAAGGUGCCCAACAAGGAGGGCGCGCCCCCGCCGCCACCAGACGCCGCCAACGGCCGCCGGCCCAUGGUGCUCAGUCACCUGCCCAGCCGGCCGCCCGUCGACAUCGAGUUCACCAACCUCUCCUACUCCGUGCCCGAGGGCCGCAAGAGAGGGUACAACACAAUUCUGAAGUGUGUUAAUGGCAAGUUCCGCUCUGGUGAACUGACAGCCAUCAUGGGGCCUUCAGGGGCAGGCAAGAGUACACUUAUGAACAGCCUUGCAGGCUACAAGACAUCCCACUUGACAGGCUCAGUGAGGAUUAAUGGGAAAGAAAGGCAGCUGCGGCGUUUCAGGAAAAUGUCGUGCUACAUAAUGCAGGAUGACCAGCUGCUGCCACAUCUGACAGUCAUGGAGGCCAUGAACAUCUCUGCAAACCUCAAAUUGGGAAAGGAUGUUUCACGCAGUGCUAAGAAAGUUGUGGUGGAAGAAAUCCUUGAGAUGUUGGGCCUGGUGGAAUGCAGUAAUACUAGGACAGCUAAUCUCUCAGGAGGCCAACGCAAGAGGUUGUCUAUUGCCCUUGAACUUGUCAAUAACCCACCAGUGAUGUUUUUUGAUGAACCUACCAGUGGACUCGACAGUGCUUCAUGUUUCCAGUGCCUUUCGCUGCUCAAAUCACUGGCACGUGGUGGGCGCACCAUCAUCUGUACUAUUCACCAACCGAGUGCAAGACUGUUUGAAAUGUUUGACCAUCUGUACAUUCUGACUGAUGGACAAUGUAUUUAUCAAGGAAGUGUUCAAGGCCUUGUUCCUUUUCUCUCUUCUCACGGCCUCCACUGUCCCAGUUACCACAACCCAGCGGAUUUUGUGAUGGAAGUGGCAUGUGGAGAACAUGGAGACUGUGUACAUAAGUUGGUGUUGGCUGUAAAUAAUAGAAAAUGUAAUAAUCUUGAUCAACAACAACUGACAGCAAAUGGAUCUGCACCUUGCAUUGCAAAUGAUAUUGUGAAAGACAGUUCAGAAGGUGUCCAUGCAAAUGGAGUAGUAAAGCCAGGGACAACUAGCGUAACUGUGACGACAUCAUUAUUGGACUCGGAUGAAAGUUUCCCAAUAGGUCAUAGUCCAGGUUUCCCAACAUCUGGAUAUCUGCAGUUUUAUAUACUGCUGAAAAGAACGUUCCUAUCAACUUUCAGAGAUAAGACACUCACAUUAAUGAGGUUACUGUCACAUGCUGGCCUCGGAAUUCUUAUAGGAAUGAUUUAUUUUGGCAUUGGAAAUGAAGCUUCAAAAGUUAUUAGCAAUGCAGGGUGCAUAUUUGCAUCUGUUCUUUUCCUUACUUUUAAUGCAAUGAUGCCAACUAUUCUAACAUUUCCUGUUGAAAUGGGAGUUUUUGUGAAAGAGCAUUUGAAUUACUGGUAUUCACUGAAGUCAUUUUAUUUUGCAAAAACCAUGGCUGAUCUCCCAUUGCAGUCUUUAUGUUCUGUUGUGUAUGUUACGAUAGUUUACUUCAUGACAUCACAGCCACAUGAAACAAAGAGGUUUUUUAUGGUGCUGAGCAUGUGUGUACUUACAUCAUUAGUGGCACAGAGUCUGGGUCUGCUUGUGGGAGCCUCCAUGAGCAUAGAGAAUGGCAUAUUCUUUGGCCCAGCAUCGUCUGUGCCAAUAAUAUUAUUUUCAGGCUUCUUUGUGACAUUUAGUGCACUUCCAAAAUAUUUACAAUGGGUUCCAUACAUAAGUUAUGUUCGAUAUGGCUUUGAAGGAACCAUGGUUGCACUGUAUGGUCAUGGGCGCCCAAAACUGAAAUGUUCAGAGAUGUAUUGCCAUUUCAAAAAUCCCAAGAAAUAUCUGGAAGAACUCGACAUGGGGGAAGCUGUGUACUGGAUUGAUGCAGUGGCACUUGUUGGGUUCUUUAUCCUUAUAAGAUUUGUAACAUACUGGGUAUUUCGCUGGAAGCUUCAUAUGAAGCGCUGAAGAAAAGUGGCUGUGAUCUGAAGCUGGUGGUACCAUUAAUCUGCCUUCUCAUACAUGACAGUGCUGCGUAAUAUGAAGUCUUGCUUAGAAGUAUGGCUUUCUGCUGCAAGGUGAAUCUGCAUAAAAAUGUCAUUUUAUGCAUAAACAUAAAUGUAUGAGGUACUUUUUAUGGACUUGGACAACUUUUUUAUUGUCACAUGACGUACUGCUUUUGUAAUUAAAUCUCAUUUUAGUGAAUGGAAAAGAACUAGUAUUGCUGAUUCUACAGCAUACUGUAAAUAGUUUUACAUUACUUAUGCUACUGACGGUAUUUGUUUCAUGACGUGAAAUACACAUCACAGUAAUAUCAAGUACUUGCUUAUCUAACUUACCAGUGGUUAAUGAAGUUAAAUAUAUACAGUAAAUACUGUUUAAAUAUCUGAAGAACUGAAUUUCUCAAUAAUCUCGUCCAUGAUCUUAUGAAUAGAAAUAUUUCCCACAUAAAUUUAAAGAUCUUGAGUAAAUUCAAAACUGUGAUACAGAAUCUGCAUCUGACGUAGAACUGUCUUUUAAGUGCAGUACAGAUAGAACUCAGUGGCGAGACAAAGUACUGCAUAAGAACAAUAGAGAAUUUUUUUACUUUUUAAUUCCAUUGGAAUUCACUAUUUUUGUGCUGACUGGGUAGUAUUCAAAUUCAAUUAAACAAACUUAAUACAUUUCUAGUUCUACUUAAACUUUCGUGGAGCGACUGCAAAUGUUUUAAUUUUUGGCAUUGUAAUACAUUGAUGAUAACAAAAAGUUAAUUUAAAAGAAAUACUUCCUUUUGUGAUAUACAUGUCUCAACAUUGACAGGUGUGUUGAGACAGGAUCGCACAAAAGAGAAGCUCAUUCACAAUAUUGAAAACAAUAACUGAUCUGAAUUUUUGUUAAGGACUUUUCUUUUCCCUGAGAAGAGAGGCCUAUGAAAAUUAGCACGAUGAUAACAAUUAAUGAAAUAAAUAAAGUUUAAGGCCUGAAAAAAUGCAGUGUUGAACUUAGUGAUAGUAGUAAGCCAUCACAAAAACAAAAAAUUUAGUUUCUGUCAUCUGUCAGCAAGCUGAUCUUUUUUUUCAGUAAUUACUUUGAUAUGCUUCAUAUUUUUGUCAGUCAUUUAAUUUACAUCACUGUUGCUUGCAUUAGUAUAAAUAAUAAUAACAUCCAAUUGCAAAAAGUAGCUUUGUAAAUUAUUCAGGCUCUACACAAAAAAGCAUUACCUGGCAGGUCUUUUUUUAACUUUAGCUAUUUUGUAUGAGAAUAUAUAUCACUUUGAGUUAAAAAAUGCAAGUCUCACAAAAAAUAGUGCAAGAAACUGUUUCAUCAGAAAAAGUUGCUAUGCACAUUGACACUUAAAUAUUUACAUCUUGUAAUUUUAAGCUAAUAGUACAAAACAUUUGUAUCUCAAAAGCAAUCCAAAAAACUGUAUAUCUAAAAUUUCCAGCUCUAAAACUUUGUUUCAUUUCUUUCUUAGUUUAUUGAGAGAGUAUAUUUAGCAGUGAUAAAGCCACUUUAUGGUGUCUUCAUUUAAAACCAGUGAAUGUUUACUUGUCAUAAGCAAUAACAACUUUGUGUUGAAAUUUUAAAAGUGAACUUUCAAAGCUUGGAACUACAAAUACUCUGCAUAAUGUGAUAAACUGAAUUUACAGUUUUGUAUGGUACUAUAUGUGAAUAAUGAUACAUAAACUUUGUAUAAAUUAUAUUUGGGACCAUACAAUAGACAAUUAUGUGUUACGUGUAAUAAAUUGUGUGUACUUUGUUUAUUUAUUUAUUUGUGUGCAUCUUUUUUGUGAAGUCAUUCCUUAAUUAAAUCUAUCCAGAAGAAUGACAGUCUUUACAACAUAUUCCUGUUUAUCUUUGAAAACUCUAUGUUUUCACUGCUUAAGAUGCAGAGAAAGAGGUUCAAACUAUUUGAAGCAAUUUCAUAUUUAUUUUACAUGUUGACGUACUUGUAAGUCAGAUAGCUGGCACAUUUAUCCUAUAGAGGUAUAAUGAGAGUGAAGCCUAAUUGGCAUGUUUAUUAUCUUAUGAAAUAGAUUUUAUAUUAUGUAUUUUUUUAGAAUGUAAAAACACUUAAAUAAUUCUUCUAAAAGUUCCAGAUAUUGCAGUUAUCACCAUUUCCUAUUCACUGUGUAUCACAGACUUCUA